CGCCGGAUUUCAUUUUUCGGGAAAAAACUAGACACAAGCAGCUUCUUUUUCCCGAUUUUCGUUUUUUCUUUUCUCUUGGAUUGGAUUCACCCUGCUCAAAACUUCGGCGGCGGCAGUAGCGGCGCCGGCGACCUUCUCCAUGAACACGGUGUCUUCGCUGUCUUUGGUGCCGCACCUGCUCAUUAAGCCCUCCAUCGCCUGCUUCUCCAGAAAGGGCGUUGGCCGCUAUGGCGGAAUCAAGGUGUACGCCGUGCUCAGGGAAGACGGAGCUGAGUUCGCCAAGAACAACAACCUGGAGGCCCUGUUCCAUGUGGAUGACCCCGGGCCGAGGUGCCCCAUCAAGAAGGGCAAGUUCCUGGAUGUGAACGAGGCACUCGAGGUGGUCCGAUUCGACAUCCAGUACUGCGACUGGAGGGCGCGCCAGGAUCUCCUCACCAUCAUGCUUCUCCACAACAAGGUGGUGGAGGUUCUCAAUCCCUUAGCGAGGGAGUUCAAGUCGAUCGGAACCUUGAGGAAAGAGCUUGCCGAGCUGCAGCAGGAGCUGGAAAAAGCUCACAAUCAGGUCCAUCUAUCUGAAGCUAGAGUUUCAUCUGCACUCGACAAGCUAGCGCAUAUGGAGACCCUGGUGAACGACAGGCUAUUGCCACCAGAUGGAGCCUCCGGUACUUCCACAGCCGAGUCCACUUCCCUGGUUCCAAGCACAUCGUCCACCGCCCAUGUCCGAGCCAAGAAACAGCCACGUCGGAGUCUUAACGUGUCCGGCCCAGUGAAGCCGUACAAUCCCAGCCUGAAGAACUUCUGGUACCCAGUUGCCUUCUCCAGUGAUCUGAAGGAUGACACCAUGGUGCCGAUAGAUUGUUUCGAGGAGCAGUGGGUGAUAUUCCGAGGAAAAGAUGGAAGGCCUGGGUGUGUUCAGAACACAUGUGCUCACAGAGCUUGCCCACUGCAUCUUGGUUCAGUGAACGAGGGUAGAAUCCAGUGCCCUUACCAUGGUUGGGAGUAUUCAACUGAUGGGAAAUGUGAAAAAAUGCCAUCAACAAAGAUGCUCAACGUGCGCAUCCAGUCAUUGCCAUGCUUUGAGCAGGAAGGAAUGGUUUGGAUUUGGCCUGGGGAUGAUCCACCAAAGGCUACAAUCCCUUCUUUGCUGCCUCCUUCAGGAUUUACGAUUCACGCAGAGAUAGUGAUGGAACUACCAGUUGAACAUGGACUCCUCCUGGAUAAUCUCUUGGACCUUGCUCAUGCUCCUUUUACACACACAUCCACCUUUGCCAAGGGCUGGAGUGUUCCAAGCUUGGUGAAGUUCUUAACACCUGCGUCGGGGCUCCAAGGGUACUGGGAUCCUUACCCGAUCGACAUGGAAUUCCGACCACCGUGUAUGGUCUUGUCGACCAUCGGGAUCUCAAAGCCUGGAAAGCUAGAAGGGAAGAGCACCCAGCAAUGUUCUACACAUCUCCACCAACUCCAUGUCUGCUUGCCCUCCUCUAGGAAUAAAACUAGGCUGCUGUACCGGAUGUCACUAGACUUUGCUCCAUGGCUCAAGCACGUACCGCUCAUGCACCUGCUGUGGUCACAUUUCGCAGAGAAGGUGUUGAACGAGGACCUACGGCUUGUUCUUGGUCAGCAAGAGCGAAUGAUCAAUGGCGCCAACAUCUGGAACUGGCCGGUAUCAUAUGACAAGCUCGGGAUCCGGUAUCGAUUGUGGAGGGACGCCGUUGAGCGGGGCUCUGACCGGUUGCCAUUCAGUAACCAAGCCGAGAGUGGAUCAUAGCCGGUAGUCUCUUUCUUCCUCGUCGCAUUUUUUCGCGAGACGACGGACGGCCAGAAUUAGUUACCAUGGCGUGCGUCUCUGCGCGGCCAGAUGCUGCUGUGCCUUGAAGGAUUCUCUAUCUGGAAGGUGAAAGCUGAUGGAGAGGAUGAUGGGAAACAUCAUGGUCUCUUCUCUGGUGUAGCAAUGUACACUAGCGACGGCAUCGUGGGAUGCAAUUGUGAUCUGAGAUUGAUGUCUUUUUUUUUUCUCUCUCUCUCUUCUUUUUUUUCACCCUUUUGUGUAAAGAUUCAGCAAAUGUUACUCUGUCAAAGCAUGUAUAAUCAUACUACCAACUACGGAGACAUGUUCAUAUGAGAAAUGGCAGUCGUCUAAUCGAGUUGCACAUUAGGUUUUGCUUU